AUAUGCUUCCUCUGAGUCGUCUUGUCCUCUUCUUGCAGCAUAUAUCAGUUCCAGGUUUCUUUUGGCACUUUAUUUCCUUACAAAUCUACUCUCCUGUAUUGUGUACAAAAUUGCCGAGGAUUUCUUUUUGGUGACAAACCCACCUUCUACGUAGUCGUCGUUAUGGACAGCCAAAUGCUCCACAUGCUCAUGGCCACUGUCGAGCUAGUGAAUGCAAACCUUGACACUGCGCCUAAUUCCUGGCGAGAUCAACUGCCCGCCAUCCGAAACAUCACCACCUCGUUUGAGAUUUCUGAUACAGCUCCCGAGCAAUCUCGCAGAUGUUGGCAAAUACCCUUGAUCACUGUCGUCCAGCGGGUAGCAUUCGCGGAUGCGGACAACGGCCCUAUUCCGGACAUAGCGGACUGGUGUUUACGGCAAUUGCUGACUUUGCUGGCAUUAUAUCCUCAAGACCCUGAUAUUUUGGCUUGUAAGCUCAACUCUUGGUUUCUUGUACCUUGGCUGACAGUCACGGUGAUCGGUCGGUAUUGGCUGUUACGAGCGCAAAAAGCACUGGCAAGCAUCGCCCGAACGGAAAGUGAGCUUCACUGCAACGAAGAAAGCACGCCCUAUCCAGCCCAAUUUACAACGCGACCUCUAGUUGAGACUCAAGAGAGUACAAACGGUGCAGAUUAUGUUGAGGCACGGGCAUUACUGGUACCAGCAACCGACUACCUCCAAUCUGCCGUUGAUGCAGCAAGAGAAAAAGGAGAACUGACUGGGCAUUUGCUUUUGACGGCAAGCCACUGAGGCAUUCAUGAGCAUUGGCAACGUAACGUCGCCCAAGGUCAAUCAUGUUUAUUUUCGGCAGGCCAUGGUUUACCUCCGAACAGCAAAGGGGCUCAACAACUAUUUGCUACCCUUACAUAUG